AUGGCAGAAGGUCCACAUCCCAACUCCACCUUCCCACGCCCCACUUUCUUCAUACUGACUGGCAUUCCAGGGUUAGGGGGUACCCAGACCUGGCUGACACUGGUCUUUGGGCCCAUGUAUCUGCUGGCCCUGCUGGGAAAUGGAACACUGUUGGCAUUGGUGCAGAUAGACUCCACACUGCAGCAGCCCAUGUUUCUACUCCUGGCCACACUGGCAGCCACAGACCUGGGCUUAGCCACAUCUAUAGCCCCAGGGUUGCUUGCUGUGAUGUGGCUUGGGCCCCGGCCUGUGCCAUAUGGUGUCUGCCUGGCCCAGAUGUUCUUUGUUCAUGCACUGACUGCUGUGGAAUCCGGUGUACUGUUGGCCAUGGCCUGUGAUCGUGCUGUGGCAGUAGGGCGUCCCCUACAUUACCCUCUCCUAAUCACCAAAGCCCGUGUAGGCUAUGCAGCACUGGCACUGGCCCUGAAAGCUGUGGCUAUUGUUGUGCCUUUCCCUCUGCUGGUGGCGCGAUUUGAGUACUUCCGAGCCAAGACCAUAGACCAUGCCUACUGUGCACACAUGGCAGUGGUAGAGCUGGUGGUGGGCAACACACAAGCUAACAAUUUGUAUGGGCUGGCACUUUCACUGGCUGUGUCAGGCAUAGAUAUCCUGGGCAUCGCUGGCUCUUAUGGACUCAUUGCCCACACUGUACUGCGGCUGCCUACCUGGGAGGCCCGGGCCAAGGCCUUUGGCACAUGUAGUUCCCACAUCUGUGUCAUUCUGGCCUUCUAUGUACCUGGUCUCUUCUCAUACCUCACACAUCGCUUUGGUCGUCACACCAUCCCAAAGCCUGUGCACAUUCUUCUCUCUAACAUCUAUUUGCUGCUGCCACCUGCCCUCAACCCACUCAUCUAUGGAGUCCGCACCAAGCAAAUCAGGGACCGGCUCCUGGAAACCUUCACAUUCAGAAAAAGCCAGCUCUAA